CACCAUUCUUCGGGAGCUAAAAGAGUAACACAGUGUGUUCUUAAAAGAGAGUCAAUUCCAUUAUCAUGACAGUUCGAAGGAUUUGCGCAGGAAACGAAACAGGUGAUUUAGAACUGCAAAAAACUAACCAUACAAACAGUGAAGACGGCAAACGCAACUACUCGUGUGGUCAAAAUGUGCGUAACCAUACUAUGGAAUUUUGUUCGUUUGGGACUAUUCACGGAAUACGCUAUUUUGGAGAGAAUCGUACCUUUAUCGAAAAAUUGUGGUGGGCGCUCAGUCUUACUCUGUCUUUAUACUUCUGUAUUUCGUUAAUUAUAACUGCUUAUAUACGAUGGGAAACUUCACCAGUCAUCGUGAGUUUUGCAACAAGAGAAACUCCCGUAUGGAUGAUUCCAUUUCCAUCUGUUACUAUUUGUCCAACUUCAAAAACUAGAGUUUCAGUAUAUAAUUUUACACAUUAUUAUCAAAAAAAAAUACGGAAUGAACCUUUAACAGAGGAAGAGGAUCGAAAGUUGGGAUACUUGUCUUUUCUAUGCAGUACAAACACUAAUCUCAAUUUCAACUCGGGAAAAUUCACAGAUGAAAAAAUGAUUGACUUUUUUGAAGAAGUUCAACCAAAAUUUUACGAAGAUAGUUUUGACUGUAAAUACUUAGGGCGUAAUUACAACUGCUCCGAUCUUUUCACUCCCAUUCUAACUGAUGUUGGAAUCUGCUAUACUUUCAAUUUAAUGGACCGAUCACAAAUAUUGUCAGAUCUCGUGACCCACCACAAAAAUUUCCACAAAACUGAUGCAUCUGAUGACUGGACAAUUGAACAUGGUUAUAAAGCUUCAGCUGGAUUAAAUACUUACCCUAGACGUGCUCUUUAUGCAGGAGUCCCAUACGGAUUAGAUAUCAAACUGAAAGUACACAUGGAUGAUUUGGAUUCCACUUGUGGUGCUUUAAUCAAAGGAUUUAUGGUACAAAUUGCCCAUCCUCAAAGACUGCCAAGGGUAAGAAAUCAGCAUUUCAUUGUUCCCUUAGAACGAGUAUCAAAAGCUGGAAUCGCCCCAGAUAUGAUGACUACGUCUGAUGAUGUCAAAAGAUACAAUGCAAAGAGAAGAAACUGUCAUUUUCCAUCUGAACGACCACUGAAGUAUUUUAAAGUAUACACACAAAAUAAUUGCGCUAUUGAAUGUAGAACCAACUACACAUUAAGCCAGUGUGGUUGUGUUCCCUUUUAUGUGCCAAGAGAAGAAGGAGUACCAAUUUGUGGGGCUGAAAGUCUUCACUGCUUAAACACGGCCAAAAAGAGAGAGCUUCUUGGAAAUGUCCAGAAAAAAAUUAAUGCUCUAAAUAAGGUCAAAAGCACAGAAUAUGACGACGUUCCCGACUGCCAGUGUCUUCCAAUUUGUACUUCAAUGUACUACAACAUAGAAAACAGUCAGACUCCCUGGGACUGGAGAACAAUCUACAAAUACAACGAAAACCCUAAUGUCAACAGCAGCGAUAAAAAUUUAAUGAUCUCCCAACUGCAAGUAUUUUUUAAAGGAAAUCAAUUUAUUAAUUCUGAAAGAAAUGAACUCUAUGGUUCCACUGAAUUUCUAGCCAACGUUGGUGGCUUGUUAGGGUUAUUUAUAGGAUUUUCUGCGUUAUCUUUUGUUGAAAUUAUAUAUUAUUUAACCUUAAGAAUCGUAUGUAACAUUAGCAUGUUUGGAAAAAAUAAUUGGUCAGGAAAAACUGACUAA